AGCGCCAACUUCCCACGUUCGCCCACUCACUGGUAACCGUACCUCGGCUCUACACGCGCAGUCUCACUUCCCAAUUCCGAUUUCCCCAGGCUCAUCUUCUAUACUUAACCACACGCAUUCUCCGAAGCCGACGGUUUCAGUAGCAGUCCGCCUCCAGUAAAAAAAGCAGUAGCCGACGAUUUCUCAAUUGGGUCUUCUUCAGUCUUCACCAUAGGUGAAUGUCAUUGGGCUUCUUUUAGUUCGAUUCCGUAACUCAUAUUUCUGGGUUUCUUGGUACGAUGAUUGUAAAUUUUUCUUGUCACUUUAAGGCUCAGAUUGUGUAGCCCUGGAAUUGCAUGUUUGUUCGCGACGGUUGGAUUCACAAAUAGGGACCUAUCUAAUGUCUGUUCCUGGAAAAUAUGGGCAGGAGUUCGUCAAUAUUUUGUUAUAUUAUGGCUACUACUGUGAAUGCAACUAAUUGUUCCUCUGAUCAUAUGCCAAAUUACAGGGGAAUCUAUCCAUAUCUCUUUCGGUUUAGUGUACUUCUUGUGUUUGAUUCCGACGAUUCACAAGUAGCCAGUAGCCACUCUCUGCUUUAAACUAAGUACAUUUGAAUGGAAUCUCUCAUAAUUUCAAUUGUUUUGGUGAAGGGAGGAAGACAAUGGCUGGGAGUUCAAGGAAGUCCAAGAGACCAAAGAGGAGCCAUGUAGUUAAAGAAGUUGCUACGCUGAGCGAUUUUCCUGACGAAAUUCUCCAUUACAUUCUGUCCUUCCUCGACACCAAGUCUGCAGUUGGAACCAGCAUUCUGUCAAGGAGAUGGAGAUGUUUGCUUACAACUCUGGAACUGCGUGAAUGCCCUCUGUCACCUUAUUGUCCAAUUCUGCCCUUUGAUUUGAUUGGUGAUCUACCUUGUUUGAAGUACCUGAAGUUAAUCCGCUGCUUUAUAGCAGCUCCUGACUGUUGGUUACUAAUAUCUGGACCUCAACUGCUUGAUCUUGAAGUUGAGUUUACAAAUCACUACCGCUUUUAUGAACUGAUGAUUGCCCCAAAGCUCAAAUCUUUACGGUUGUGGGGUGAAUACAUUGAUGAAUAUCUACCCAAGUUGGAUCUCCCCAGCCUGGAUCAUGCAAAUAUCCGCCUCAAGUGGGAACCAGAACGUUGGGAGGAUGAUGACCCAGUUUUCAUUGAGCAGAAUUCUGCAUUUGUGAAUUACUUGUGUGGUCUGCAUAAUGUAGAAUCUCUCAAGCUAUGUUUCGACAAGGAACAGAGAUGGAAAAAUGAUUGGGAAGAGCAACCCUUUCCUCUUAACAGAAUUAAGGCAUUAGUCGAGCACGAAGCUUCUCCCUUAAAUAGAUUGAAGACCUUGACGAUACAAUGUGCACAUCAACGACACCCACCAAACGUACCUUAUCAAGUGAUUCGCUAUUUUCUCGAAGGCUCUUCGAAUACAGAAGAAAAGUUUGUUAAGUUCAAGAUGCUUGCUAAUUGAAAAGCGAUGUUGACGUCAAAUAGUGUCGAAACUGGUAUAGUAAUAAAGUAUAUUGGAUGAUGCAUGCUGUUGAAGUUGAUCAUUAUAUGUUGGAUAUUUCCAGAUUUUACUAUUUUAGUGACAAGUUUGUUAGAAAUCAAAGUUAAGAGACUCGUUGUUUGUAAUCACAAAGUCCAGGGACCAUUCCUGUAAUUGAUCCGUUCUUUACCUUACCAGUAAAGGUGGAAAUUCUUU